AUGCAACGCUCCCUGUUUCGUCCACAUCUCCUCUCGAACCGUCUCGGUCGAUCUCCAUCUCUCUGGCGGACUACAGCCGCAAGGGUCGCAACUAGAGCCGACCAUCACCCAAACCCAGGCAAUUUUGCCAACCGUCCAAAGGAAGAGCUCUCCGAGAUUGGUCGCAAAGGUGGUCGCAAGGGAGGUAGAGCCAGGGGUGUGGGGGGCUUCCAUGAUAUGGACCCUGAGAAACAGCACGAAAUCGCCUCUCGAGGAGGUCGUGCGACCAGGAAAGCAGCUGAGCAGGCGGAGAAACAUCAGGGCGUCGCUGGAGAGAGACGUCGCACUCAUGAGCCUUCAGCAGCAAGUCCGGGGUUUGAGGAGUCAUGGACGGCAUAA